AUGAUCGAGGCGUUCAAGGACAUGAAGCACGGCAAAAGCAGCAGUUACGACAGUUUAGCAUUGGAGCGGACAGCGAGCCAAAUAUUGCAUCGCAUGGAGGACAAGGACUCGGAGUAUGCCCUGGAAAGCACCCGGACAAGAGUACUCGCGAACGCGCGCGCGAUCUAUGGACCGAAUCGAUGUUUAGACGUGAUAAGCUUCGCUCCGACUUCCUCAAGAAGAGUUGGGGCGUGCAUCGUCGAACACAAUCCAUCCAGUAAAUCAUAUAUCCAUUGCUGUUCUGCAAAAGAGACCUCACGUCUUGCUGCUUUGGAACAUUUGCUUGUCAUCACCGAAGACUUGCUUCAACGCCUUAUGGAUGUCGAGGGCAUCACAAGCAGUGGGUGGCUUCCCGCUACUCCACAGUCACAGCAUGCAGCGAUGUAUGGCAGCGCAUGCGGCAGCACAGUAGGUGGAACGGGAAGUGGUAGCAUGGCCAGCAGUGUGCAGACAAGUCGGAGGGGAAGUACUCAACCACAAGAUAUGUUCCUUGAUUACGCGCACGGCUCACCGCAAUCUACGCAGCCACCGCAACAACUACAACAUCCACACUCAGUACCUUCCCAACUUCCCUUUGUCAAUGACUUCAAUGCACCUAGCUCGCCUCACCAUAUUCAGAAACCGAGGCUCCCCAGGGGCGGCAGCGAGACAUCAUUCCCUACCAGUACACCAAACCCAAUGGCACAGACGAUUGCCAGGACGAACAGCGAUGUCAUUCAGCAUCCCAAGCCAGUGCCCGUCGGUCAGUUGGCAGUUCCUGGGCGCGGCAGAGUGCAGUGGAAUCUAGGUUCCGAAGGCUAA